AUGAAGGCCGGCAGCCUCUCCGGCCGGAGCAGAGACGCAGGUGGUCCAUCCCCGGCCCCUGCCACCAGCCAGGACAUUACCGAGGCAGUGAUCGACAACAUCCAGCAUGAUGUAGAGCAGUCGCAAGACAUGCCAGAACCAGAGAGCGACACCAAAGAGGCCGAGGGGCUCGGGUUCGGCGAGUUGGCCAAGAACUUGGAGUUCCUGAUGCUCAAGGAGACCGCCGUGGAACUCCUGGAGGAGAAGACUAGCAAACAGGAGCGAAACCUUCAGAAGUGCAUGGAGGAGAAGAGCGGACCAAAGCCCCCGCCCUCGCUCGUCGAGCUGGAGGCCUUGAAAGAAGAGAGAGCUCAGCGUGCCCAGACGGUCUUAGACACGGUCCUCCGCAAGCACGAGCACCAAAGGGAGACGCGCCAUUGGGUCACUCCGGUGUCUUUGGAGCAGCGGGAGCAGGGCUCGUCGGGCAUUAACCCGGUGGAUGGGAUUGCAAGCGCGGUCAAUGCUGCAGUGGGCAAAGUCGCAGACGCAUUGGAGAGUGCGUGCAUCCCCAUUCCACCAACACCCCACCUGACCAACGACGAAUUCGGACUCAACUUGGGCUCCUGGAAAUGCGAGGUCAAGCUCGGAGGUAAAACGAUACCCAUCAUCGACAUCAAACUGGGAAGGAUUUCGCAGGACUGGCCCCAACAUGUCAAGACGGCCAUCACCGUCGGCUCCGGGAUGAAGAAAUGUGCUGCUCAGGUUGCGGCAAGCUCGCCAAGCUCGCUCUACGGUUGCAUAUCGACCGAAGUCGUGGAGGCUAAUCCUGUGUUGUCCAUGGCAUAUGCGCUCUUCAGGGACCUGUGGAUAUGCAAUGGCAAGAAGUGGAUGAAUCCGCGCGACAACGCGGGGGAGAUCUACUCGUGCCUCGGCAACAGCUUGUUCGACAACGUCCCGCAGCUCUCCAAGGCGAAGCCUUUGUUCGACGCCACCCAGGCCUGUGAAGGCGCAAAUGCGAACACCAUGAAGUGCAUCUUCAACAACGUCAUGAAGGAUGUGCUGGGUUGCACGGAUAUGAGCUCGGCGCAGUCGGUCGCCAUUUGCCUGGGCAACAACAUGAUCAACUACGUUCCUCCCUUCACCUUCUUCAACAAGAUAGGCGACAUUAUUGGGGACAUGAUCGAGGGCUUCGCCAGGAUCGCGGCAGGCUUGAUGAAGCAGGUCCUCAAGAAGGGCCAGGCCUUGAUCCAGCAGGCCGUGUCCACCAAGUUCCCCGCCGUCGGAGAUGGUCCGAUGGUGCGCCACGAAUCCUCGAACUUGAGGAUCUACACCCACUCUGCACCUCCAAAGAAGCGGGGCAUGUCGGCCUUGCAGGAGGAGAAGCCGGGAACCGGCCUCUCGUGGGGCUUCGGCUCAGACAAAAGCCACCAGCAGACCAGGCUGAUCACCCAGCGCCUCGGCCGCUCGUUCCUUGGCCACGAGGUGGACACCAGCUCUUGCCUUGCCUUCGCGCCCAAGAACAAGCACGGCCACAACGGACAGGCCACCCAAACGGAUUGGCAGGUUCAGAACCCGGACGACUUCGUGCCGCUCGAGCCCUGGGCCGUGCCUUGUGGCAAUGCCUGGAUGAAGGACAACGCAGACAAGUGGCAGGGCUACUCUUUUUACUCCGCCGAGAUGUUUAUCGACGAAU